AUGAAUACUAUUAGGAGAUUAGAAUCUAAAGCGCCCUCCGGUUUUCAAUUAGAAAAAUAUAACGUAUCAAACAGCACAGGAGUGGAAAUUCAAGUAUGUUAUCUGAGAAAUGUUAGCACAGACAGCACCUUAUGGCAAAUCGACAAUCCCCUCGAUCAACAUCUCCCUGAUCUUGUCAUGCAACUUUGUCUUAUAAUUCUCUUCACUCGAAUUGUCAUGUUCCUCCUCCAACCACUUCGCCAACCUCGUUUUGUGUCUGAACUUAUCGCGGGUAUUCUGACGGGGCCAACAUUUUUUGGGAGUUUACCGAUAGCAGGCUUCGUUUUCAAAUUUGAGUUGAACAUGGUGGUGGAGAUAUACACAUUUAUGGGGCUAACCUAUUACAUGUUCUUAGUGGGAUUAGAGAUGGAUCUAUCUGCAUUGAAGCACAUUGGGAAGAAGUCACUCAGCAUUGCGGUAGCCGGAAUUUUGUUUCCGGUAAUCGCAGGGGCAGCCUUGUAUUUUGUACCACUGCAUAAAGGUAAAGACGCCGGCAGCCCGCCGCUUAUUGGUGCCGUCUUCUGGGCAACAAUAUUGUCUAACACGAGCUUCCCCGACCUGGCGAGACUGCUCUCAAAUGUGAAGCUUCUACACACGGAACUCGGGAGACUGGCCUUGACUGUUGCUCUUGUCAGUGAUAUUACCACUUUUGGUCUUCUUGUUGCAACCAUAACUAUGUUUGAUCUGAAUAGGUUCUACAUGGCUGUAAUUCCAACAAUUAUCUUUCUAAUAUGCUGCUGGUUUUUAUUGCGUCCGGGGAUUCAUUGGAUAAUUAGGCAUAGCAAAGUGAAAGGAGAAAACAAAUUCAGUGAAACGCAUAUAAGCUUCAUUCUGGUCGGGGUUGCAAUAAUCGGAUGUAUUGCAGAUGCGUGUGGCUCACAUUCUAUGUUCGGUGCUUUCAUAUUUGGAUUAAUCAUCCCACACGGAGACCUUGCCCUUCAGAUUAUGGAAAGGAUUGAAGUGUUUGUGAAUAGAAUCAUGUUGCCAGCCGCGUUUAUGAUGAAUGGGCUACGAACUACGUUCGGUGAUUUAGCAUAUAGAACUAGAUUGUUAAGUGUGGGGCUGGUAACAGUUUGCGCUACUUCCGCAAAAAUUAUCAGCACUGUCUUUGUGUCUUCAUUCUUUGGCAUGACAUCAAAGGAGGGAUUGGGUCUCGGAGUUCUUCUCAACACCAAAGGUGUGUUGUCCAUGAUCGUUCUCACUGAAGCCCGGAACAUGAAGGCUUUGGACAACGUCUAUGUGCUUGUAAUGACCAUCUCAAUUUUGUUCAUGACGUCUAUAGUACCACCAAUCUUUUACUUUGUCAAAAAAACAACAAAGCGUUUCACCAACUACAAGCAAAGGACUAUAGAGAGAAGAAAUCAAGACACAGAACUUCGAAUUCUAACUUGCGUUCAUUCAACCCGAAACGUCUCCGGCAUCAUCAAUUUACUCCAGCUUUCUCAUGCCACUAGGAAAUCCCCAAUUUGUGUUUUCGCCAUGCAUCUUGUGGAGCUCACUGGUACUGGACGUACCUCCGCCAUGCUCAUUGUGCAUGACACAACCAAGAAUAACAAUGCCAGCAACAACAGAAACUUGCCUCGCGAAAGGGUAGAAUCAGAACAUAUUAUUAGCGCCUUCCGUAAUUUUAACUCCGUAAACGACGCCGUAACUGUGUAUCCACUCACCGCAGUGUCCCCAUACGACACCAUGCACGAGGACAUCUUCCAACUUGCAGAGGACCGGCAUGUGGCCUUCAUUUUGUUACCUUAUCACAAGCUACCAACAUCCGAUGGUCGAUUGCAAGGAGAUAACCUUUCAAUACAAGAAGUGAACCAGAAUUUACUCAAAAAUUCACCAUGUUCAGUCGGCAUUCUCGUGGAUCGUGGACUGGCACUGUCCGUGCUGUCCGAUUCAACAUUCAAUGAAAAAUUGGAGUUCCGUAUAGCCGUGCUCUUUGUCGGCGGGCCUGACGACCAUGAGGCACUAAGUUAUGCAACGAGAAUGGCAAAAACAAGAGGCGUGCAUCUAACCGUGGUACGGUUUCUUCUUGGUAAAGAUGCAGAAAUUGACAAUCUAGGAAAUGAGGAAAACAUUGAAUAUAGAAAUGAGAAUUUGUCAGAAUCGAUUAUGAAUGAAGAAGGGAAAGAGUUUGAUGAUGAAUUUAUCAACGAGUUCAGGUUCAAGACAAUGUGCGACCAACACAUAAAUUAUCAAGAGAAAAUAGUGAAUAGCGGUGAAGAUGUAUUAGAAAGUCUUAGAUCAAAGUAUAAUGACUUUGAUCUGUACAUAGUUGGACGCGGAUAUGGAGUAAACUCGCCCAUAACAAUGGGGCUUACAGAGUGGAGCGAAAAUCCGGAGCUAGGAACAGUUGGGGAGACAUUGGUGAUGACUCAAGCUGUAUCACACGCAUCAGUUCUGGUGCUGCAACAAUCAGCAACUGGUCGAUUCAAUACGAGGUUGCAACGUCGGAAGGACAAAUAUGGGCAAAAUAAAUGGGCAUCACCCAUUUUAAAUCCCGACUAUAAGGAAUUUGUAACUGGUGAAUCUGUAAAAUAG